AUGUUUCACUGGCCGACUCCCGACUCAAGCUCAAGCAAGGCAGCGUCGUCAGGAAAACAAUCGUGACUUGACUGACUAUUCUUGCCUCUGUGACUCCCUGCCAUGGCUACGUUCUUCGGGGAGGUGAAGUAUUUGGUGUCCAGGGCCUACGACGAGGAGGAUGAUGAUGAGGAUGCUCCGGGAAUAACGUACAGUGUUCGUAUGGAGCUGAGUGAGGGAGGCCAAGGGAAGAUGGACGGUGUGGAGGCUUUGCUCGUCUCGUAUGGAACUCUUGUGACAGAUUUCUGUGAGACAUUGGUCCUGGGUGAGCAGUGCCAAGAGGUAGGCAGAGUGUAUGUUGAGGCACAGAAUGGCCCUUCAGUGGAGGACACAGGGGACUUCCACCCUCGCAAACCUAUUCCUUCAUGCCUUUACCUCACUCCAACUUCCCUCUUAGUAUGUUGUGUCAGCAAAGAUGUGACUGCUGCUGUUGCUUCAAGAUUUGCACAAAAAGUAUUAUCUCUCAUCAAACCAUCAUGUUUGGUGAUGGUACUCUCAUCACACCACUAUGAUGCACUGAAAGGCAACUAUGCACCACAAGGAGAAGACAAUUGUGUGGUGCACUCAUUGCACUCCUCAACUUUCCCUCAUACUCCAGUAUACCCACAACUGCCACAGCCAGCUAUCCUAGACUCUGUUCCUGCUGCAGUGGUGACAGAAUGUGUGGUGGGUCAGCGGCAAUGUGUAGCGUACCCAGUGUUCACAGAGACAUAUUCCACUGGAGAUUUGGACCUGGUUGCUGGGGCCUUACAGAGGGUAUUCCAAGGCAAGCCCUUCCAGAAGUAUGUGUCUGUAAGGCUGGAUGCCAAGAAACUCCACCAGUACCGCACCACCAAUCCUCGCCGGGAAAACCUCGACCUUUACUUGUAAAAAUCAUAAUUUUCGUCUAUUAUGCUGAUUCUCUUCACUCUUGAAUGAAUGCUUUAUAUACCUAGUGUGGUAGUGUGAAAUUAAAAUUGUUUUGGAUGUU